CAGAGAGUUUAUCAACAUUACAGACUGAUACUGUUACUGAAGAAAUGUCCUCAGAGGUUAGAAACGAUCGUCCAGGAUGAGGACACCAACCGUCAGCGCAGACUGCUGGAUCUCAGCCUCAGACCGGAGAUAAAGUCACACAGAGCAGAGGACAGCAGUCCGCCUUUACCCUUUCACAUGGUCUUGCAAGCCCAGGACAGUUCAGCCUUUGAUUCUUCUUCUGGAUCGUGUCUGACCUCCCACAGCAACAUGAAGUGUGAAGAAGAGGAGAGUCUGGAUGACCCACAGGUCUGUAACCAGGAGAGGUACUCCAGUCUGGACCAGCAGGAUGCAGAACUUCCACAGAUUAAAGAGGAACAUGAGGAACUCUGCAUCAGUCAGGAUGGAGAGCAGCUUGUUGUGAAGCAGGAGGCUGAAGACAUCAUUGUCUGGACUGGAGAAGAGCAGCUCAAACUGCUGGAUAACAUCUGGAAACCUGAAAUAAACUUGCACAGCGUAGAUCUCCCACAAAAACAUGACUGUAAGGAGGAGGUUUUUACAGGCCAGCAGGUCUGUAACCAGGAGAGGAACUCAAGUAUGAACCAGGAGGACUCAGAACCUCCACAGAUUAAAGAGGAAGAGGAGGAACCCAGCACCAGUCAAGGAGAGCAGCUUAUACUGAAGCAGAAGACUGAUACCUUUAUGAUGACUCCUGCUUAUAAGGAAUGUGACCACAGUGGACCAGAACCAAACAGUGAGCAGUUCCUUUCUUGCAUCUCUCCUAAAUCAGAGAGCCAAGAUCAGGAAGAAAGCAAGCAUACGGACUCAGGAUUGGCUAGAAAUGGAGAGCCAAAGAAGAGACCUCAAAUAGACAGAAAACAUAUUAACAGUCAGCCUGUGUCACAGACUCGGCAUAAAACUGAAACAAGUAGAAAAUCUGUAAAAUGUGACAUUUGUGGAAAAACUUUUUACUAUAAAUCUUGCUUGACAAAACAUCUAAGAGUUCACACAGGUGAAAAACCCUAUUCCUGCAGCACAUGUGGGAAAGGAUUUAGUCAGAUGAUAAAUUUGAAAAGUCACAUCAGAGUCCACACAGGUGAGAAGCCAUAUUGUUGUAGCACCUGUGGGAAAAGAUUUAGUUUCUCAUCACCAUUCAAAACCCACAUUAGAAUUCACACAGGUGAGAAGCCACAUUCUUGUGGGACUUGUGGGAAAAAAUUCUCCAAGAAAGCAGACUUGGAAAGUCACAUGAAAAUUCACACAGGUGAGAAGCCACAUUCUUGUAACACGUGUGGUAAAAGAUUCAGGCAUAUGAUAAACUUGAAAAUUCACAUAAGGAUUCACACAGGUGAGAGGCCUUAUUCUUGUAUGAUUUGUGGAAGUAGUUUCAGAAAGAAAUCAUCACUAGAAUGUCAUGUCAGAAGUCACACAGGUGAGAAACCUUUUGCUUGUAGCAUCUGUGGGAAAGGAUUCACUCAGACACCAAACUUAAAAAUUCACAUGAGAAUUCACACAGGUGAGAAACCAUAUUCUUGUAAUACGUGUGGGAAAAGCUUUAGUGUUUCAUCAGCAUUCAAAAAACAUAUGCGAAUCCACACAGGUGAGAAACCAUAUUCUUGUAGCACCUGUGGGAAAAGAUUUACCCAGAAAUCAGGACUGGAAACUCACAUCAAAAUUCACACAGGUGAGAAGCCGCAUUCUUGUAGCACCUGUGGGAAAAGAUUUAGUACAAUGGUAUAUUUAAAAAUUCACACAAGAAGUCACACAGGUGAGAAGCCAUACUCUUGUAGUACGUGUGGGAGAAGAUUUAGUGACUUAUCAGGAUUCAAAAGUCAUAUGAAAAUUCACACAGGCGAGAAGCCACAUUCUUGUAGCACCUGUGGGAAAGGAUUUAUUCAGCUGCAGCACUUGAAAAGACACGUGAGAACUCACACAGGUGAGAAACCAUAUUCUUGUAGCACCUGUGGGAGGGGAUUUAGUGGCUUAUCAGGGCUAAAAAGACACAUGAAAAUCCAUACAGGUGAGAAGCCAUAUUCUUGUAGCACCUGUGGGAAAACAUUUAGAGAUUUAUCAACUUUGAAAACACACAUGAGAAUUCACACAGGUGAGAAACCAUAUUCAUGUGGGACCUGCGGGAAAAGUUUCAUUCAAAUGAUACACUUGAAAAAUCACAUGCGAAUUCACACAGGUGAGAAGCCAUAUAAGUGUAGCACCUGUGGGAAAAGAUUCCGUCAUAUUACAAACAUGAAGUCUCACAUGACAAUUCACAUGACAAGAAGUUAAAAGUUCUAUACUUGAAAAGUAUGAAAGAGCUGGUUCAUAGUUGGUAAUGCCCACACUGGUGAAAUAACAAAUCACUAUAACGCUUGUGGGAAAAGAUGACCAGGUCUUUGUGGGAUAUUUUAUUUCCAGAACACUAUAUAACUGUAAUGAUUGUGCACUGCAUUUACUGUCUUAUGAUGUAGGGGAAAGUAAGGGAUUUGUCUGAAUUGAUAGUUUUUGUUUUAGGCUGUAGAAAUGACAAGCAGAUAUAGAUUAACUUGUUUUACUGAACAGGUUUGUUAUAGAAAAACAAGCUUAUAUAUUUUUUGUCACCUGUUGCUCUGUAUAGCAAACAUUUAAUUCCUCUUUAGAGGUUUUAAUGCACAAGAUUAAAAGCAAGAAAGUGCCACACAUAAGGCAAAAAAAAAAAUGUCAUUAUGGACUCGAGGAACUCCAUGUGUUGUGUUGUUCACUUAGAUGAAAGUUAAAAUUCAGUAUGUGCUGAAGGGUUAUGAGUUUUAUAACAUUUAAAUAAAGAUGUAUUUGAAACAAUUUUUCUGAGUUGUAAUCUAAAAAGAAACAACACAGUGCUCUGUGGUAUUUUACAUGUUUCUUUGUUCCUGAUAUUGUUUUAUACAAAUUCAGAAGCUGAUUUUUUUUUACUAAACUGGGUAAAGACGUCUGUCUGUUAUAGUUCCUGUUUAGCUGUUCUAGCUGCAUGGCUUUUAUGAGACACACACAAGAUGUUCAUGUAGUGUAGUUGUAGGUUUAAAGUAUAUAAAAAUGUGAAAGUAAAUAAGUUUUUAUGUUUUUCAAAGCAUUUUCAUAAUUAAAUCAGCCAUUAUUCAUAUUUAAUUUUAAGUACAUUUUCCCUUAUUAACUUACUGUUUGAUUUGCUGU